AUGGCCAAUAACGAGUUGAUUCACAGGCUUACAUGGUCGCCCGCCGCACUGUCCGAAGAGCCGUUGAGCAUUGAAAAUGUGGUGUUCGUAGUUACGGAUAAGGAGAGUGAAAACCUAUUUGCGUACCAGAUGCAGCUUGCUAACGAGGGUAUCACCACUGUCGUUACCGAUGAUGCAAUGAAAAUUAACCCCUUGAUAACCCCCGGGACUAUCGUCGUUUACAUCCCACCUACGGCUAAGAGUAAGGAGGAGAUAUAUGCGGCCGCAACUCAGGCUUGCACCAGCUUGAUCAACGUUGCACAACAGCUCUACCAUCGCAGUAUUUCCGCUAAGAGCAAGACAGUCAAGCUAUUCUCUAUCGUUCCAAAAGAGUGGGGCAUAGGCGACCUCGUAUACGCUCCACUGCAUGGCCUGUCGCGGGUGUUGAAGACUGAAAUUCCAGAAAAUUAUGGCGGCCUGUUCGAGGACGACCGCGGGCUCUUUCCGUUUUCCGCAGUGAAGUACGCACAGGGCUUCGAUGUUGUCAGAAUCUGCGAAGGCGAAGCACAGGUUGCUUAUCUUCAACCAUUUACAGAUGAGCUGAGUGAUAAGAAGGGACUUCAGCUGCACGCAAACAGCUCCUACCUGAUCACGGGAGGCACCGGAGGUAUAGGCCUGGCGACAGCAGCUUGGCUGGCGCAGCGAGGCGCCCGGAACAUAGUACUUGUGUCCCGCCGUGGCCUUCCACCAAGCAGUGACAGCAAGGCAGUUGAAGCAAAUAGCGCGGAUCUAAUCUCGCGUAUUGCCAAGCUCAAGGCCGUGGGCGUUUCGGUACAUGUGCUGGCUAUUGAUAUCAGCAAGCCCAACGCUGAUGUGACACUAAGCCAAACCAUCAACGACUUGGAUAUUCCACCGAUAAAGGGAGUCAUUCACGCAGCCGGUACCGCGGGCUACCAUACGCUAACGCGAUGCACCCCUACUGAUAUUGCCGAUAACUUAGCGCCGAAGGUGAUCGGCAGCUUGAAUCUCGACGCACUCUUCCCUCCCGGGACUCUGGAUUUCUUUUUGGCAUAUGCGCCCUCCAAUGCCUUCCUGGACGCGCUGGCGGCGCACCGAAGACGCCAGGGCGAUAAUAGCAUGGCUAUUUUAUGGGCUGGCUGGCAGGGGACAGGCGUCUGGGAUCAGAGCAAGUCAGCAAUGCGAAGGCUCAACAAGGCCUCUAUAUCGAGGGGAGUUGCAGACAUUAGUCCGGACGAGGCAUUUGCGGCGUGGGACCACAUAGCCAGCCUUAAGACUGACCACGCAGUGGUGGUGCGCGUUUUGGAACUCGAUGCUGAUGAGCCCGUACGACAUCCUAUGCUCAAAUACGUUACACCUCGGAAACAAGCAUAUCAACCCACCACUAUGGACUACAAGGACCUCCCUGAGCAUGCCAUUGCGGUGAUAGGCAUGGCUUGUCGUACAGCUGCUGGGAAUACGGAGAAUGAUCUCUGGCAGGCCAUCCUGGAGGGCAAGAGUAUAGUGCGCGAGGUAGACGAGAAGCGGUUCCCCGGUGUGGUCCGCGAUGGCAAGAUGUGGGGGAGCUUUAUGUCUGAUAUCGACUCAUUCGAUCAUCAGUUCUUCCAGAGAUCCAAGCGGGAAGCGGCUGCUUCAGACCCGCACCAGCGAGUGCUCCUUGAAACUGCGUACCACGCACUCGAAUCGGCGGGUUAUUUUGGACCGGGCCAACAACAGGGAGAAAUUCACGACCCAGAUAGCCACACAACUGGCUGCUUUAUCGGAAUGAGCGCUCCUGACCACAUCUUACAUUUGGCGAGCAAUCCCCACUCACCUUACACAGGACUGGGCAUGAUGCGAUCAUUCGUGGCUGGCCGAUUGAGCCAUUACUUUGGCUGGACGGGCCCUUCACACACUAUUGAUACAGCUUGCUCGUCGGCUAUGGUUGCCAUUCACCAAGCCUGCCGUGCUAUUCAGGUUGGUGAGUGCACGCAGGCCGUCGCGGGUGGUGUUCAUCUACUUUUGAACAUGGAAAGCUCUGACGCACUGCGUGCCAGCGGGUUCACCAACGAAACCGGGACCUGCAAAGCGUUCGACUCGCGGGCUGAUGGGUAUUGUCGUGGGGAGGGCGUUGGCGUUGUCAUAUUGAAGCAUUUGGCACGGGCCUUACAAGAUGGGGACAACAUCCAAGGUGUGCUACUAGCCACCGGUAACAACCAAAACAUCAACAACACUAGCAUCACCAACCCUGUUUUGGCGAGCCAGGUGGCGUUAUACAAAGAUGUGCUGGGACGCGCGGGAGUCAAGCCAGCAGAUGUCUCCUAUGUCGAGGCUCACGGAACGGGCACGCGCGCCGGCGAUCCUGUCGAAAUCCAGGGUAUUCGGGAGGUAUUCGGUGGGAAGGAUAGACCAUCAAUCUUGAAUAUUGGUGCGGUCAAGGCCAACGUGAGCCAUGCUGAAGGAGCUUCUGGCGUGGUAUCUCUGAUCAAGGUGCUGCUCAUGAUGAAACACGGCAAGAUUCCGGGGCAGGCUGAGCUACAUGCAUUGAAUCCAAAUAUUCCGGCCCUUGAGCCUGAUCGAAUGGCUAUACCGACGUCUCCGCGCGAAUGGCGCGAUAGUAUGCGCCUAGCCGUGGUCAACAAUUACGGUGCUUCGGGCAAUAAUGCUAGCGCUGUCGUUGCGCCGCCGCCUCUUCAGCAAUAUUCGGCAUCGCCAACGCUCCCAUCCGCUUCUACCUGGCCUGUUUUUAUUUCCGCCGCUUCACGUGCUAGCCUAUUGGCGUACUGCAAUACAUUGAGUCGCAAGAUUAUCGAAGAAUCGCCUGCUCCUGAGUUGUUUCCUCACCUGUCUUUUGCUUUGGCGACGAGACAGAACCGUCAGCUCCGGCAUCUCUUCUGUACAUCAGCGACAUCAUUGAGCGAUAUACAUUCCCAGCUUUCCGACCCAGAAAAGCAUAUUGUCCUCUCACCACAACUAAAGCCCGUCGUGCUCCUUUUCAGUGGACAGAACGGUGAUACCGUGCCUUCAGUCGGACCGCUAUAUGAGAGCAGUCUGUUAUUUAGAACACAUCUGCACCGGUGCGAAGAUGUGAUGCAGUCGCUCAGGCUCCCCAGUCUUUUCCCGGUUAUCCUUCAAGGAAUCCAAGGUGGAGCUGAUCUCAUCCUCCGGCACAUUAGCAUGUUCGCGAUUCAGUACUCCUGUGGAAUGUCGUGGAUUAACUGGAGCCGAGCAGCUAUCAUCCAGGAGUUCUGGGACGAUGAUCCCGGGUCGAUGGUAGCGAUUGAGGCUGAUCUCGUCGGUUCUAACACUACCCCAGAAAGACACUUAGAGCCGUUUUACAAGAUCCACCCAGACAUAAAGCUAGACAUAGCGUGUUACAAUGGGCCCAACAAUUAUGUUAUUGCUGGUCCCACUAAAUAUAUCGACCACCUCGAAUCAUAUCUAGUCGAGAAGAAAGCCAGCGGCGAAAAGAUCCGGUUCAAGGUCUUGAGAGGCAUGUAUGCGUACCAUUCCAGCAUGGCGGACACGAUCGUCGAUCAGUGCGCUAAGCUAUCGGCUUCAAUGAGUUCCAGGAGCCAAUUUGAAUCCUGUCACGAAACCGCUUGGCCGGGUCCUGGACCUAACGUGGUCGCCCGCAACACCCGUCAGCCUGUAUAUUUUGGCCAAGCGAUGACACGCAUAGUCGACCGUCUGGGUGCGUGUACAUUCCUGGAAGCCGGCGUAAAUGGCCCCAUAGUCGCGAUGGCACGGAGCGCGUUGCCACAGGCCCCAGCUCAAGGAAAUCAUACCUUCCUGGGCAUCAAUGGGAGGGACCUUGUGCGAUCACUGGCCGAUGCCACCGUCACGCUGUGGAAGACCGGGCAGACAAAUGUGCAAUAUUGGCUUUUCCACCAAUGUCAGCGGACGAGCUACCGGCCUGUGGCCCUGCCACCCUAUCAUUUCGAAAAGCACAGGCACUGGCUGGAUUACCACGGUCUGUCUGGUGACAGAGAUAAGAAGACUAAAAAGAACGGGCCAGAACAUCCAGCUGUUUGUCCUCAUUGUCAGAGAGACACCGCUGAUCGUCCGUUUAUCAAGCAAGACAAGUCUCACACCCAGAAGGCGGGCGAGUCGGUUUUCACUAUCGACAUGCACAGUAGGCGCUAUCAAGAUCUCGUCAAGGGUCACGUCGUGGUCGGGACCGCGAUAUGUCCAGCCUCAGUGUAUCUGGAGCUGGCUGCGCAUUCUGUUGCCUUAUUGCUGAACAAUAAGAUAACGUCCAGCAUAGUGGUAGACGACAUACAUUUCAAGGCCCCCUUGAGUUUGGAUACGCAGCGUUCCGUGAAGCUGACACUGACAAACAAGCAACAGUACAGGUGGGGCUUUGAAUUCACCUCCACCAGGAAUGAAAGGUCAAUCUUGCACGCUAUUGGCAGUAUCUCACUCAGAGAUAAAAGCAGUGGAAAGGCCGAGGAAGAACAAGAAAAGAAAGACAAGAGGACCCGCAUGAUAAACCUACUCGAUAAUGAUCCCGACACGGAUGCUUUGCGCGGCGCCAUGGUAUAUAGAGUGUUUGGUAAUAUGGUGAAGCACGCAGCUGCUUACCGCGGCUUGCGGCAUUUGGUUGGAAAAGGCACCGAGGGCGCAGCGGACAUCUCCAUACCGGUGAACGAACUCGGUACCGUAGCCAGAACACCCAACGACAACGUUGUUGAUGCUCUUGUACUGAACAACUUCCUCGAAGUCCCAGGUGCAUAUAUCAAUUGCCUGCAUAUCUUUGGUAGUGAGGAUGACAGCAAGGCUUAUAUCUGUACGAGCUUGGGGUCUGUGGGCCCUCUGAAUAAGCUCCCUGACGGCAGAUAUUACAGAGUAUAUGCGCAGAUCGUCCGGCAGAGCUCCAACGAGGCAAUACUAGAAGUAUUGGCCUUUGACGCACAGACAAUGGAAUUGGUCUUGUCUGCAAAGGAUAUCAAAUUCUCAGGGAUCUCCACCAGCACUUUAACCAAGUUACUGGCAGGCGCGGAUCCCAAUCCAACGGUAAACGGUAACACUGACCCAUUGCAAGUUGCGGAAGCGCCUGGGUUCAGCCAGCCGACCAAGCCAAAACCUGACACGCAUUCUAACAUGCCCAAUGGAAUCAAGACAGGUUCACCUGAUGUGCUCAAAAUAGUACAGGGGACGUUAAGCCAGACCCUUGAUGUUCCUGUCGCAGAAGUGACCAAGGGGGCCUCGCUCGAGGAGCUCGGUGUCGACUCGCUAAUCAGCUCAGAGAUAUUGGCCAGUAUCCAUGAUGCUCUUCAAAUCGAUAUUUCUGUCGAGGAUUUUGCUGCAGCUACAGACGUUGCCUCACUAUGUGAAUUGAUCUCUGCCCGGGUAGGCAGCGACGUGACCAAUACGGGAGGACAGGACGAUGAAGUUCUUCUGGGGCCAGAACAUGUCUCAGAGUCUGCAGGGAAUGGGCAUUCCGACUGGCAAAAGACCGCUAUCGAGAUACUUGGUCAGUCUCUCGACGUACCGGUGGCAGAGAUUCAAAUGGAUUCCCAGCUUGAGGAGCUCGGCGCUGAUUCGCUUAUCGCUGCGGAGAUAGCCAGCAAUAUCAAUGAUGCACUGAAUCUGACUAUAUCGUCAACCGACUUUGGCUCAUUGUCAGAUGUGAGAUCGUUAUGUGACCUCAUUGCGCAUGUUUCGGGGCGCGCGUCAAUGCAAGGCGCUGCUGUCCUUCCAAGCGAUUCCAUGUCUGCGGUGAAUAAGGGGGUAACUCCAAACGGCCAUCCAAUCACUCAAGAUGAGGACAUGAACCAGACACCAACGGAGGAUAAUGCAGAGCUAACCCAUACAGUCUUCCAGAAAGUUCGCCGCGGCUUUGAUUCUCAUGCAAAAGAGGUCAAACUGGCAGGCUUCUGGGACAAUGUAUACCCACGGCAACUAAGCGUCGUGACAGCCUACAUCCUCCAAGCCUUCGAGAAACUCGGAUGUCCUUUCAAGAAGUUCAGUCAAGGAGAAAAGCUACCUUCAUUACAAGUAACGCUACCGAAGUACCAAAGACAGGUAUCGCGGCUAUGGGAGAUCCUGGAAGUAGCUGGCCUCGUCGAGAAGCACGGUGGUACUUUUAUACGGGGUCCAGUGCCUCAUGUACAAGAUAAAUCACCCAAGGAGCUUAGCACUGAGCUGAUAUCGAAUUAUCCUCAGUACACAUCAACACAUGAUCUACUGGAUCUACUCGGACCGCAACUAGCUGAGUGCCUCACCGGGAAAGCUGACGCCGCAUCUAUUCUAUGCGAUAAUGAUAAGGGCAAGAAGCUUCUUGAGAGCUUCUAUGCCAACGACCCUGGUCUCCUUGCCGCCAGUCGGGUGCUCAGCGACUUUUUCUCCACAACCAUGAAGGCUAGAACAUCCGGCGAACCCUUUCGGGUGCUCGAAAUCGGCGCUGGGUUCGGCAGCGCCGCCAGGCAUCUCCUCCCACAGCUUCAAGCCAGCGGCCUGCGUUUAACUUACACAUUGUCUGAUUCUUCUGUGACACUUCUGGAGCGUUCCAAAGCGGCAUCACAGGACAUCGAAGGAUUGGAGUUCCGCCAAUAUGACAUCGAGGAAGAUCCUCCCGUGGACCUGCUGGGACGCUGCCACGUCGUGAUAUCUAACAGCUAUGUUUAUGCGACGCGCAACCUGCAGAACAGCCUAUUGAAUAUGCGAAAGUUGGUGCGGCCCAACGAUGGAUGCGUAGCGCUGAUAGAGCCAACGCAAAAGCUGGCCUGGCAUGACCUCGUUUGGGGCUUGCUCGAUGGGUGGUGGCAGUUCGAGGAUGACCGCACACACGCACUGCAAAGCCCAUGGGCCUGGAGAAGUGCCUUACAGAACGCCGGGUUUGCACACGUUGACUGGUCCGAGAGCUCCAGUCGUGAGUCACGUACUGUUCGGGUGAUUUGCGGGAUGACAGCUGAACCGGAGAGGAAAUGCCCGGCCGAGGCAACCUCCAUGCUCAUGCACCGAGGGACUUCUGCGUCUGGAAAACGGAAUCUUUUCCUGGCCCCGGACGGUUUUGGUUCUGGAGCCGUGUUUGGCGGUCUGGGGCCGUUGCUCGGUAGCGUUAAAGACAUUUCUGUCUACGCGCUCAAUAGUCCCUUCAUGCAUAGUAAGCCUGAUCCGGAUGAGCCGCUAACCAUUGAGGAACUCGCUGCCAUCUACGUGGGCGAAAUCAAGCGCCGACAACCUGAGGGCCCAUAUCUGUUGGGCGGAUAUUCUGUCGGUGGCGUGUUAGCCUUUGAGGCGGUACGACAACUUCUCGAAGACGGCAACCACGUCGAGAAAUUAUUUCUGAUCGACACUGCAUGUCCGACAUUCGUCCGGUACUUUCCCGACGCCCUGGUCAAGUUUCUGGAUUCCAUCGAGCAGGUGCGCGUAGGGAAUGGCAGUGAGUUCCGACCAAACCGCCGAGGCAGAUUGGUGGCGAACGAUCACUUCUUCUUGGCCCGGCAGCAGAUGCGAGCAUAUCAGGUGCGCAGGCUACCUGGACGGAAGAUGCCGCAGGUGGUGCUGAUCUCCGCGAAAGAGGGUGCAGAAAAACAGGAAGAAGUGCCUCGCCCGGCAUUUCUGCCGGAAGACGAGAAGGCCGUGGACUGGUUUCUGAAUGAUCGUACCGACGAGGGAUGUUUUGGCUGGAACGAGGUUCUGGACGAUAUCAAGGUGGUUCGGGCCGACGGUAACCAUUUCUCUAUGAUGUUGCCCUCAAUGAUCAGUGGAUGGGGCGCGGAUCUCGCUAGGAUGUUGGACGAAUAG